CAAAUGAAGGUUUUGUCUAUGUGCUGCUGUGCUGCUAAAUAUUUAUUUUUAAUUUUUGUAAUGUAUUUUAAAUUUAUAUUUUAGUAUUCCUGAAUAAAAAAAUUCAAUUUAUAUUUUGAAUUUGAAGUUUUUUGUAUAAAUUGUAUUAGAGACGCAUUUUGAAUGUGUUGAAAUGUGUUUCUCUUUGAAGUUCAUUGUAAGCAUUAACCCCAGUGUCCCUAUUUUACAAAUAAUUUAUUAAAAUGAAGUGUUGCUUGUCUUUCUGCGAGAAUUCACGAAACAAUCAUUUCUCUUCGAAGAUCCUAGGACAACAAACAAUUACAUUUCAUAAGGUCCCUACUAAACAAUGUUUGAGGUUGUCUUGGCUGGAAGCUCUUGGCUUAGAAGAAAAUCAAUUGCCAGAAACUCCAGUCAUCUGUUCCCAACAUUUCCAAAAAGAUGAUUUUUAUAUAAAAAAUGGGUUCACUGAACUGAGAAGCAAUGCUGUUCCUUCUGCAGUACAGAUCUGCCUUAUAUGCCUGGAUUCUGCGAGCAAACUAUAUCCAUUAGGCAAGUUUAAUUUAGAAGAGGCUUACAUCAAUGUGACUGGAAUUUCGUUGUAUAAUAAAGUGAACAUUGCACCAAAACUAUGUGUGGAGUGUGCACAGAGGCUGGUGAACUGCAACUCAUUCAGAGACAAGAGUCUGCGGGCACAUACCUUGUUGCUGGAUUUAGUUAAAAGCAAUGACUUUUUAACAACACAUAGAAUAAAGAGGGUAUAUCGCGAGAAACAUGGCCUAACAUCCAACAUAGUGAAGAGAGUGCACCAACCAGACCACUGUGACCUUCAUCUGGUUGAUGAGCAAGAGGAGAAGCUGUACCAUGUGCCACUGGUCAAAGAUGAGGAUGGGGCGAAUGAAGAGUUCAACUUAUCCAAAAGUAUUCAAAGUGCCAAUAGAGAAUUAGAACCAAAACAAGAAACGUUAAAUAGCGAAAUAAAAAAUGACGACGGAUUUUCGAAUGACGAAGUGAAGUUCAUAAACGACGAAUUCAGUUACGUCGACGUCAUAGAUGACGCCAUCUUCGACAUCGACACGGGUUUCGCUAACAGUGAUGAAGACAAACCCGACAUACAGGCAAAAUCACACAAAAAGAGUAAAAAACCUUCACUGAAAAGGCUCGGUAGUAAGGAUUCUGUGAAAGGGAUUAAGAAUAAAGGUACAUUAAAAAGGAUAAACAAUAAAACUAAAGUUAAAUCAACAAAAGAGCGAACUAAACUGAAAGUUAAAUUAAAGAACGGCAUACUCAAGCUCAAGAAACAGAAGGAAAGUACAUCUGAAGUGAAAAGCGAUGAUAGUAAAGUAAAACCAACUGAAAAGUUGUUCAAAAAGACUGCAUUGACGUAUGAGGAACAGUUAGCCGACGUACAACAAAGAAAGGAGACUGCAAACUAUUUAAAUGCUGCAUAUAAAUGUAGCAAAUGUUAUAAAGGCUUCAUAGAUGUUGAUGCCUAUAAUGGGCAUAUGAUUAAACAUACUAAUAAAUAUGGUCCGUUUGAGUGCGACAUCUGCGGGCUGCACAGCAAGAGUCGCAACAACCUCUGCCGGCACAUCGCCGUCAACCACAGCAUCCGGUACAGCUGCACGCUCUGCAUGUUCGUCACCAUGCAUAUUGGCACAGCGAAUUCCCACGAGCGCUGGCACAAGGGGUCCAAGUUCAAAUGCCCGGAGUGUGAUCUGGAGUUUGGCAUCCGCUCGUCGUAUCUAUCGCACUUACGCAUCAAGCACCCGUCGGACUACGCGUGCACCAUCUGCGGGUUCUCGUUCAUCGGCGAGCGCGGCAUCAAGCUGCACAUGAACAAGAAACACCGCUUCGACGUGCCAAGCCCCGACGGGCCGCUGUGCAAGCCGUGCAACAUCCGCUUCGCGUCCGAGAUGGCGUACAACCAGCACAUGAAGGUGUCGCCCAAGCAUAAUGUUGGCCAGAAACGCGAACGUAACGACCCGCUGAUAAAGACCAUGGGCUGGAGCAAGCGGCCCUGGCGGAACAAGAACAAGAAAGAGUAUCCCGACGCUGACGGCGAGCCCGUAGAGUGCGAACAGUGCGGCAUCCCGCUGAAGGACUACUGGAUGUACACGCAGCACUUCAAGAAGGCGCACCCCGACAAGAACCGCACCAAGUACCACCGCCCCAAGCUGCUGUGCGAACUCUGCGGGAAGGUUUUCAAUAACGAGGCGCACCUUCGCUACCACAUGCCGGUGCACUCGGAGCACAAGCAGUUCAAGUGCUCCGUCUGCGCCAAGACCUUCGGCUCCAUCCUCAACCUGAAGAGUCACGCCACGCUGCACAGCGCCUCGCGCCCCAGCUACGCCUGCGACUUCUGCGGCAAGACCUUCGCCUACCAGUCCAACAAGUACCGGCACAUGACGAUACACAAAGGCAUCAAGUUCAGCUGCGAGAUCUGCGACAAGAGCUUCAACACGGCGCCCGAGCGCUCCAUACACGUGCAGCACGUGCACAUGAAGGUGCCGUGGCCCAAGCGCAGCCGCGCGCCCCGGGGCAAGCCGCGCCCGCUCGCGCCGCAGGACGACCUCAUGUGUUAGUGUCGCUGUACACUGAACCCUGAGGGUCAUCAAUAGCUCAUCUCUUCUAAUCUCAUGUAGAGAUGUGGGAACAAACAAUGUUCCCCGAUUUCUAACGUCAUCCGGAUGUAGGCAAUAUCAGUAUGGUCAGUAUACUCAGGCCAGAGAGUGGGAAAAUAGAGAUGGUCAGUAUACUGGGCGACCUCAUGUGUUAGUGUCGCUCAGUAGACUGAACCCUGAGGAAAAGCUUAACGAUACAAUCAACUUAGGAACACUUAGCUAAUCUCAUGUAGAGAUGUGGGAACGAACAAUGUCCCCGAUUUCUAACGUCAUCCGGAGGCAAUAUCAGUAUGGUCAGUAUACUGGCCGACCCCAUGUGUUAGUGUCGCUCAGUACACUGAACCCUGAGGAAAAGCUUAACGAUACAAUCAACUCAGGAACACUCAGCUAAUCCCAUGUAGAGAUGUGGGAACGAACAAUGUCCCCGAUUUCUAACGUCAUCCGGAUGUAGGCAAUAUCAGUAUGGUCAGUAUACUCAGGCCAGAACACCCUUCCCAAUCUGUCUAAGGUCCGAGGCUCAGAGGAUUCUUUAGAGAGUUGUUCCGCGAAUUCUUCUGCUUCUGUCUCCGGGCGUGCUUCUGCCUUCUCCCAAAGUCUCCGGUGAUGCCACUGUGGUCCCACUGAGGAGCCUUCGGCACUUACACAAUCUGAUAUUUUACUUACACAAAGCGAAUUUCACGAACUACGAUACAAUACAUCACUUUCAAUGGGUAUUGAAUACAUAUAAAUACACAGACAGACACCAUAGUAAAAAUAGUCAGGAUAGCUUCAUAGUACCCCAAAAUGUGGGGAUUCAAUGGAACCCCGAUUUUCUGAAAAUGAUUUUUAUUUAAUGAAUCAAUUGAUUUUUACAGUUUUGCUUUAUUUUAAAACAAAACAUACAUGAUUUUAAAAGUUGUCAACUUUAUAGCAUCCUGAAAGAACAGUUUUUGACAUUCUUUUUUAUAAUUUUUGUAAUGUAAAAAUUUACAAUAACUAAUAUAGAUGUAAAUAUUAUUAUCAAUACAAAUCAUGUGAAUGAAGUUAUAGAGAUGACCUCGUAUGUAAGGACAAAGAGCGAAGGUGGCCAGUUAUAAUAUAUUAAGUAGAAAAUUAAAA